UAUUACAGCAACACCAUUGUUUUUUGUCUUUGUCGAUCACUUGUUCAAACCACCGUGGCAUUUGAUUCUCUGAUCCACACACACACACCACCACCCCCUCACAGCUCACAGCUAGCGGCAGCAACUAGAGAGAGAAAAUAAUCUAGAGAGAGAGAGAGCGAGAGGCUCUCUUUAUCACAAACAGUGGGUUUCUCUCUCAAGAAAAGAAUCAAGAAAGAGAAAACCCACCUUCCCACCAAAAAGAAAAAAAAAACACAGAAAACUCUCUCUCUCUCUUUAUAAUACACGAACCGACAUUUCACUCCACAAUAAUACGACGGCGUUUUCGUUUUUGGUGUCUGUUAAUGUAUCGUUUUCAGUUCAUUGUUUAAUACGAAGGGUUUGUAUUUAAGAAAGAGAGGAAAAAAAAAAUUAAAAUUCAGAGGGGCAGUGGCAUUUCUUUUCUUCUUUUUAUUUAUUUAAUUUGUGUGUGUGUGUGUGUGUUUAUGGGCCAGAUAUUCUUUGUUCUUUGUCUCUCUCUCUCUUGAUUUUCAAGGUGUGUUCUUGUGUGUGAGAGAGAAAGACUGAAUUUUUUUUGAGGUUUUUUUUUUUUUUGUGGGAUGGAUACUAAUGGAAGGCUUGUAGCUGGUUCUCAUAACAGGAAUGAGUUUGUACUCAUCAAUGCCGAUGAGAUUGGAAGAGUGACUUCUGUAAAAGAAUUGAGUGGACAAAUCUGUCAGAUUUGUGGAGACGAGGUCGAAUUUACUGUCGAUGGCGAGCCGUUUGUUGCCUGUAAUGAAUGUGCAUUCCCUAUUUGUAGACCUUGCUAUGAAUAUGAAAGAAGGGAAGGCAAUCAAUCUUGCCCUCAGUGCAAAACUCGAUUCAAGCGAAUAAAGGGUAGUCCAAGAGUUGAUGGAGAUGAAGAUGAAGAAGAAUUCGAUGAUUUGGAUAACGAAUUCGAUUACGAUAAUAACAAUAGUAAAGGCCACACUCGUCAAAUUUCCGAAGGAGCUUAUUAUUCUCGCCAUAAUAACAUCGGCCGCACUUCUUCCGGAAUCACUAAUUCGUCGGAUGUGGACCCCGCCGCGGUUAAUUCUGAAAUACCUCUACUUACUUACGGUCAAGAGGAGGAUGAUGCGAUUUCGGCUGACAAGCAUGCUCUAAUUGUGCCCCCGUUUAACGGCCGUGGAAAACGAGUCCAUCCUAUGCCGUUUACCGAUUCAUCCAUGACUUUGCCGCCACGACCGAUGGAUCCGAAGAAAGACUUAGCCGUGUACGGUUACGGAACUGUGGCCUGGAAAGAAAGGAUGGAAGAAUGGAAGAGAAAGCAAAAUGAAAAGCUUCAAGUUGUUAGGCAUCAAGGUGAUAAAGGUGGUGAUGAGCUCGAUGAUCCCGAUUUACCCAAGAUGGAUGAAGGGAGACAACCCUUAUCAAGAAAGCUACCGAUUCCUUCGAGCAAAAUAAACCCGUACAGAAUGGUCAUUCUACUCCGUAUGGCAAUUCUCGGUUUAUUCUUUCACUACAGAAUUCUGCACCCUGUCAAAGAUGCAUAUGGAUUAUGGCUUACAUCAAUUAUAUGCGAGAUUUGGUUUGCCGCUUCUUGGAUUCUCGAUCAGUUCCCCAAAUGGUCCCCCAUCGAACGAGAAACUUACCUCGACCGUCUCUCUCUAAGGUAUGAGAAAGAAGGGAAGCCGUCUGAGCUGGCACCGGUGGACGUGUACGUGAGUACAGUGGACCCAUUGAAAGAGCCGCCGCUUAUUACAGCAAACACGGUACUGUCCAUACUUGCAGUUGACUACCCCAUUGACAAAGUCAACUGCUACGUGUCCGACGAUGGUGCUGCCAUGCUCACUUUCGAGGCCAUGUCGGAAACUUCCGAGUUCGCAAGAAAGUGGGUCCCGUUCUGCAAGAAGUUCGCCAUCGAGCCUCGUGCACCCGAGUGGUACUUUGCUCAAAACGUCGACUAUUUGAAGGACAAAGUGGAGCCCACAUUUGUGAGGGAGCGUCGUGCAAUGAAGAGAGAGUAUGAAGAGUUCAAAGUCAGAAUAAACGCAUUGGUUGCAAUGGCACAGAAGGUUCCGGAAGAUGGUUGGACAAUGCAAGACGGUACUUUAUGGCCCGGAAAUAAUGUCAGGGAUCACCCUGGAAUGAUCCAGGUAUUCUUGGGUCAAAAUGGUGUACGAGAUAUCGAAGGGAAUGAAUUGCCUCGGCUCAUAUACGUGUCUCGUGAGAAGAGGCCUGGAUUUGAUCAUCACAAGAAAGCCGGUGCUAUGAAUUCUUUGAUACGAGUGUCGGCUGUCAUUUCGAACGCACCUUACCUACUAAAUGUCGAUUGUGAUCACUACAUAAACAACAGCAAAGCUCUAAGAGAAGCUAUGUGUUUCAUGAUGGAUCCUCAAGCGGGAAAGAAAAUAUGCUACGUUCAAUUUCCUCAAAGAUUCGAUGGAAUUGAUAGACACGAUAGAUACUCAAAUCGCAAUGUUGUCUUUUUCGACAUAAAUAUGAAAGGCCUCGAUGGAAUUCAAGGUCCGAUUUACGUGGGAACGGGUUGUGUUUUCAGAAGGCAAGCGCUUUACGGUUUCGAUGCACCCAAGAAAGUAAAACCACCCGGAAAAACAUGCAACUGUUUGCCUAAAUGGUGUUGCUGUUGCUUUGGAUCGAAAAGGAAGGGCAAAAAAGGAAAAUCCAAGAAGGAAGACAAGAAAACGACCAAGGUUAAAGAAGCUUCUACGCAGAUCCACGCUCUCGAAAACAUCGAAGAAGGUGUAGAAGGAAUAGACAACGAAAAAUCAUCACUCAUGCCCCAAGUCGAGUUCGAGAAAAAAUUCGGACAGUCGCCCGUUUUCAUCGCUUCGACCCUUCUAGAACAAGGUGGGGUGCCACCUGGCGCAACAUCUGCGUCGCUACUAAAAGAAGCCAUUCAUGUGAUCAGCUGUGGGUACGAAGAUAAAACCGAAUGGGGAAAAGAGGUUGGAUGGAUUUACGGUUCGGUGACAGAAGAUAUCUUAACGGGUUUCAAAAUGCACUGUCAUGGAUGGAGAUCCGUCUACUGCAUUCCCAAAAGACCCGCAUUUAAAGGAUCGGCUCCAAUCAAUCUUUCGGAUCGUCUCCAUCAAGUUCUUCGAUGGGCUUUGGGUUCGGUUGAGAUUCUAUUGAGCAGACACUGCCCUAUUUGGUAUGGAUAUGGCUGUGGCCUGAAACCACUCGAGAGAUUCUCCUACAUAAACUCCGUUGUUUAUCCGUUGACUUCUUUGCCCUUGAUCACUUACUGCACCUUGCCAGCUGUCUGCCUUCUCACCGGGAAAUUCAUCGUCCCUGAGAUAAGUAACUACGCAAGUAUAGUAUUCAUGGGCAUGUUUAUAUCCAUCGCCGCAACAAGUAUACUCGAGAUGCAAUGGGGAGGAGUGGCAAUAGACGAUUUAUGGAGAAACGAGCAGUUUUGGGUAAUCGGUGGUGUUUCCUCUCACUUCUUCGCCCUACUUCAAGGUCUACUAAAAGUCUUGGCCGGAGUCAACACAAAUUUCACCGUCACAUCCAAAGCGGCCGACGACGGGGCGUUUUCGGAACUCUACCUCUUCAAGUGGACGUCUUUGCUAAUCCCACCAAUGACGUUGUUGGUCAUGAAUGUAAUCGGAGUCGUGGUCGGAAUUUCGGACGCAAUAAACAACGGGUACGAAUCUUGGGGGCCUUUAUUCGGUAGGCUCUUCUUCGCACUUUGGGUGAUUGUACAUUUAUACCCUUUCCUCAAAGGGUUCAUGGGGAAGCAAAGUGGGCUUCCGACUAUUAUUAUAGUGUGGUCGAUUCUUCUCGCUUCUAUAUUCUCGUUGUUGUGGGUCCGGAUCAACCCGUUUGUGUCGAGAGGUGGGGUUGUGUUGGAAGUUUGUGGGUUGGAUUGUAAUUAGGCGAAGAAGAUUAUUAAAGAAAAAACGUUCGCAAAAACGGAAGAUUUUUCGGUGAAGAACGAGUAUAAAGCAACCGAAAGGAGAUGAAGGAAGCUCUUUGGGGUUGAUCUGUUUGUAGAUAACAAAAAAAAAAACUGCAACCCCCCACAAAAUUUAUAUGUUUAUGCAAAGUUUUUUCGGGUUUUUUUUUUAAUUUAUUCUUUGGAUAAGUUUGCGUUUUGUGUAAUUCGAAAAAACGAACAUGUAAAAGUUGCCCUGUUGUUUUUGUUUCCUUCAUAAUUUAUACUCUCUUCUGAAUAAGGGCCUGAUACAAGGAUGUAUGUCCUUUCAUCCUAAUUAUUUUCUUCGGAUUUGGGAUUUUUCGUCUGUGGUUUUUUAGUUAUAUGAAUUGUUACCUUAA